AUGAAACAAAGUCAUGAAAAAAGAAAGAAUACGUACAAGCUUUUACGGCAUUUAAAACCUGAAAAUUUUUUACGAAAUCGCCAAAUACAACAAGUAGAGAUUCGUCGUCAAAGUCGUGAAGAAAUGGUUUUUGCUCGUCGUAAUUUUACAAUGACCCACACCGACUCUGACUCUGAUGAGGAAGAAGUCCAUGACGAAAAUUUCUUUUCAUUUGACAAAAUGGUUGAAAAUGUACUAUCGGACUCUGUUGAUAAGCAAUUACGGUCUCUCACGGAAUUUCGAAAACUGCUCAGCACCAAGAAUCCGCCAAUCCAACGAGUGAUUAGCCUUGGCGUAGUUCCUCGAUUCGUGGAACUUUUAUCCUCUGAACACGAAUUCAUUCAAUGCGAAACAUGUUGGACAUUGACCUACAUCUUAUCAAGCGCUGAUGAGCAACAUGUGCAAAUUGUCACGGAUGCAGGGGCGAUUCCUUUAUUGGUCAUGUUGUUGAGCAAGAACGAUGCUUGUAUUAUAGAACAUGCCGUCUGUGCAUUGAUUGAUAUUGCCGGUGAAAAUAAUUACUUUCGAUAUCUCGUUUUGAAUGCCGGAGCCGUUAGCUCCUUGCUAAAUGUUCUCGGUAAAGUACAAGAUGGAUUUUUAUUUCGUACACUGGUUUGGGCCCUUGCGACCUUUUGUUCUGGAGAAAUGGUUUCAGAACUAGAUUGGUAUCUGAUCGCUCCGGCACUUCCCAUGUUAUCAAGUUUUCUGGAUUCAAAGGAUGAAAUAAUUCUCGAGCGAGUUUGUUGGACUUUGGGUUCCCUGGCCGAAGGGAGCGUUCAACAAAUUCAAAGAAUCAUGGAAUUAGGAGUGUGUCCUAACCUAGUACGAUUAAUGGAUCAUCCAUCUAGAGAAGUCAAGAUUGCAGCAAUACGAUGUGUCACGAACAUGAUUACCGGCGAUGACUUUCAAACUCAAGUGGUCAUCAACUGUAAAGCUUUGCAAGUCUUGCGUAGCCUACUUUUGAGCGAUAAUGACGCCUAUAUUCGAAGAGAAGCAUGCUUACAACUUUCGAACAUUACCGCGGGCACAGUUGAACAGAUUGAGGCGGUUUUCAAUGCCGGGAUUUUUCCGACAUUGAUCGACCUCAUGAUGAUCGCCGACUUCAAUACACGCAAAGAAGCAUGCUGGGCGGUAUCCUACGCCAUCAUUCAGGGUUGCGGUUGUUCCGAACUGAUACUUGAGAUUGUUCAACUGGGAUGCGUCGAACCGAUGGUGGAAAUGCUAAACUUCAAAGAUAACAAUCUUAUACACUUGGUGUUGAGUGCAAUUGAGAUAAUACUUCAUCUCAGCAUGACACGCGCAAGUGAGAAUAAGAUGGCUUUACACAUUGAAGAGAUCGGAGCUUUCGCCAAGAUAUACAAUCUUCAAUUUCACGAUAACAACGAAAUCCACGAAAUUGCAACUUACAUCAUCGAAAGAUAUUUUGAAUCCGAUGAAGAGGACAAUGGUCAAUUAGACCUUCUUUAUCGAUGA